CGGCGCCAUUUUGUGUCAGUCUAUUUCCGGUCUCCCUCUCGGUCGGUCGGAGCGGCGUCACCUCGUUACCUGUUCGGUCCUGAGAUCGGCGGAAACCGGGGGAACGCGGCUCCAGCUCGGACACCGACCGUCAACUACCGCCGCCACCAGAGCUGUUGUCCCUUGUGAGGUUGACGCUCAGGAGUUGAAGAAACAGACUUCAAUAAUGCCGUGCUUUAUCAUCACACCUCCCUCAAAUAACAAGAGACAGAAUAACCCAAAGAAAAACACAAAUACAAAGAAAUACAAGAACUUGGCAGAUGCAGUCGAUCUUCUAGAGAAACUCAAGAAAAAACCUGGUGACCUCGAUGCAAUCUCUGCUUUUGUGAAGGCCAAUGAAGAGGAAGAUUUCCAACUCUCAAAUAACGAACAACUCAUCCUGAGGGUGUGUGAUCUUAAUGGGACUGUAUACAUGGGACAAGAUCAUAUGUUGGAAUCCUGGCAAAGCUUCUAUUUACCCAAGGAGACCAAAAUGGAGGUGCUGGGAGCUAUUGACAACUAUCACGGCCUUCAGCUGGUUAUUUUAGUGGCGGAUAACGGACACAUGUAUGCUUAUGAGGAAGACAGACUAGUUCACAUAGCCAGCAGUUUACCUAGUUUGGUUCAGGACGGUUUAGAAAAAAAUCCAUGUUUCUAUGAUUUACAGGAGCUGAGCGAUGAGGAAGAUGAAACUCAUAGCGAUGAGGAAGUUCAAAAAAUCAGACAAAGAACAAAAGAUUUUGUGAAUCAAAGUUCAGAGGCAUUUGACAAAAUGUUGGAUUUUUUUUAAGUACAAAUCUUCAGAGGUUUAUUAUGCCAUUUCCCUUCAGUUUAAAGACAUUGUGUAUGAUAUGGGUCAACUUAACCAUCCUCAUUGUUUAUUGUACAAGAAGAAAGAUCUUCUCUGAUUGGAAUUGGCUAAUUUGUAAAAAGCUGUAAAUAAGUACUUGGUGACUGCAAAAUGGAUAAUCGUUUCCUGAAUGUUUUCUUUGAACAGCCAGAAUGUGCUUGAACCAGGAUAUCUUCAUAGUUUCGACUGUCUUCACCCCCUGCGGAGUGCAGUUUGGAUGCAUCAUACACCUGAAUGGAGGUCCCUGAAAUCUAUUGGUGUCAGAUAAGGCCAUGUACAACUGAUAGACCUGCAGGAAUAGCCUCACUUAGUACUGCUUGUAGAGUAAAUAUGGAACAUGAGAAAUAGGGGGAGUUGGGGUUAGGAGCCCUGGAGAGGAGAUGAGUGUAUUAAUAUCUAACAGCCAAAAUUUAUAUACCAACGGCUAGACACGAGGAGAGAAGGCAAAUGAGUUGGGCUGCAUAGAGAUGGGGGUGCCUUCUAUUUCAGACAGAAAAAAAGGGAGUAAUCCCAAUAGGCAAAACUGUUAAGAACAAAAGGAGGAAAAUAUUGUGCCCUGUCAAUAGAUGGAAAAAUGGUGAGGGUGUGGGAAUAGACUAACGUGAACCAUAUACCCUUUAUUAAGUGUGAGACACAACACUCGUACACUGUGUGAACAAAUAUUAAACCUGCUUCUGUAGGCCGAGCUAAAAUAUACUUUAAAACAAGUAGGUGAAUAAUAAUCUAAAUGCUAGCUCACACCCAUCGUUGAAAAAGUGAUAAAGUCGAUGGACUGAAGAGAUGCAAGAUGAUCGGUUAUAUAGAUCUGGCCAUUACAGCACAUAGCGACAAAAAUGACAGAUGGUCUGCUAGCAAUGAUAAAUCCUCAACUACCUAGUACAGUUAAUUAAUCUUAACGGCUUGAUGAA